GCGCCGCUAACUUCUUCCGGUUGACACUUCCGGUGUAGAGCGAGUCCAUGCUUGCUCCGCUUCAGAGUACAUAUACAAUUGUUCUAAAUCAAUUGGAUCAAGUCUCAUUUUAAACAGCCACCUCCAGUCAGUCAGUGGGAUGUCCAGUUCGGACGUGCUAGCCAGUCCCAGUGGUGUGGACGUGUCCUCCUCUCCCAAAUCACCACUGGCUAAAACCCAGCAACCUGACAAGGACUCCAAACCAGUAACCAAACAGAACCCUGUCCCUGCCUCCCCUCCCCUCCAUGGUCUGAAGCUGGCUCCCCACAGGGAGCUGGAGCAGGCACAGCAGAGGGGCAGGCUGAAGUGUUCUAGCUGCGGAGGCUCCCGGAUGUUCUUCUGCUACACCUGCUGCUCUUUAGUGGGCGUCAGCCAGCAGGAAAUCCCCUCUGUCAAGCUCCCUAUAAAGAUUGACAUCAUCAAGCAUCCCAGUGAGGUUGAUGGGAAGAGCACAGCCAUACACGCCAAGAUCCUCGCCCCCGAUGAUGUCACCAUCUACACCUACCCCUGCAUACCUGAGUAUGAAGAUGACACAGACAAAGUAGUGCUGGUGUUCCCUGGUCCUGGAUCAGUCUCAGUGGAGGAGAUGACAUGGAGAUUGCAGAACCUGGCUGUCAUGAAGGGCUACACAGCAGGCGGAGGGACACACAUCAGGAGCCACACACACAGAAGAGAGGGAGGGGAAGCAGGGAUAGAGGGCCAGACUGAGACACCAGGGGCCUGUCCCCUCCAGAGAGUGGUGUUCAUCGACAGCACAUGGAACCAGACCACCAGAAUCAUCACAGAUGAGAGACUACAGGCGUUGCUCCGUGUGGAGCUGAAGACCAGGAAGACGUGUUUCUGGCGCCAUCAGAAAGGUUCUCCAGACACCUACCUGGCAACCAUAGAGGCUGUCUACUACUUCCUCAAGGACUACCAGGAGCUGUGUCUGAGACAGGAGUACACAGGACAGUACGACAACCUGAUGUACUUCUACUGUUACCUACACACACUGAUCAACAAGGCUAAGACAACCGCUGGGAGACGCUGAGGCUGCAGGGAGGAGAGAGAAGCCAAAACUACCGCUGAGAGACGCAGAGGCUGCAGAUAGGAGAGAGAGCCAAAACUACCGCUGAGAGACGCAGAGGCUGCAGAUAGGAGAGAGG